GAAAGUUAAGGGUCACUCUCCUAUCUCGGAGGUAUGUUUGGCUUGUGACAACUAGAACUGUCAAACUUGAUCAUUAAGUCUGAGUUUAGUGUUUAGGUUAUCUUUAACUGACACUGUUUCAGAUGUCGAAAAGAACUCUUUCUCUCGGAGGAAGCACAUUACAUAAGUACUUAUGAUAUGGCAGACCCGCAGUUAACUUCCGCUCAGAAAUGGAGGAACCUGGCUGGUUUCUGGUUACUGGGGUUGUGUAAUAAUUUUGCCUAUGUGAUCAUGCUGAGUACUGCACAUGACAUUCUAAAAGACCAAGAAGAAAAAGACACACCAAAUCUAAACGUCUCCACAGUCAGUACUCCAGCGACGACUAAUGUGACAUACUUGGAAUGUAAUGAGAUUUCUACUGGGGCGAUUUUAUUGGCUGAUAUCAUUCCGACGCUGUUGAUAAAACUGACUGCCCCCUUCUUUAUUCUUCACAUUAGUUACAAGAUACGUGUUUUGGUGUGUGUGCUGUUUUCAUUGGCUAGUUUCUUGGUAGUGUCUUUCUCCACCGGAAUAUGGAUGAGUAUUUUAGGUGUGGUUUGUGCCAGUAUAAGUGGAGGUUUAGGAGAGACCACUUAUUUUGGAUUUUCUUCAUAUUUUGAAAAAAAUGUGAUAUCUGCAUACUCGUCAGGAACGGGUGGUGCUGGGAUAUUUGGUGCUUUAUCUUAUGCGGGUCUGACGUCAGCUGGUCUGACACCGAGGUCAACAUUACUCGUGAUGACUGUAGUUCCAGUCAUCAUGUUUAUAAGCUUCUUUAUUGUAAUAAAGAAACCAAGACAAUUUUACCAGAAGGAGUACUUUAUAAAAUACAGUGAAGACACCAGCACACUAUUGUCUGAGUCCGAAGAUGCAGACGAUAAAAGAAAAGGAAAGCUUACAAUGAGAGAUAAAUUGCAUCUUUUGAAACCGCUGUUGAAGUACAUGAUACCUCUGUGUGUGGUGUAUAUUGCUGAAUACUUCAUCAACCAGGGACUGUAUGAAUUACUGUAUUUUAAUGACAUCUGGCUGUCAGAGAAGGAACAGUACCGCUGGUAUCAAGUGGAUUACCAGUUAGGUGUGUUCAUUUCCAGAUCUUCUGUCAACAUGUUAAAGAUUAACAAUCUGUGGAUGUUACCAAUACUUCAGUGUGUCAAUGUAGCAAUCCUCACAGCUCAAGUCUUCCUGAGAUUCAUUCCUAAUAUCUGGAUCAUCUUUGCCAUUGUUCUCUUUGAGGGGUUAUUGGGAGGGGCAGCCUUUGUCAACACGUUCUACAAAAUCUCAGAAGAUAUUGAAGCAGAAUUCAAGGAGUUUAGUCUCUCAGCAGCCACCAUUGCCGACUCCUUUGGAAUCACACUCGCUGGUGCAAUCUCCAUUCCAACUCACAACCAUAUAUGUUCGCUCAAUCUCAAAAUGUGAGUCCCAAUUACCACAGAGCAGAUUGAGAACAUUGUACAUGUAAACCUCAUUUCAGGUUCUUUGUUAGCUUUUUGUCAGUGCAAUUAUGUCACUUUUUAAGCCAGUGGACACUUCUAAGUUUAGAUAAAGUAAAUGUUCAUGUAUUAAGCUACUGGACACUUCUAAUUAAUGGUUGAUAUUUUGUUUGAACAAGUAUUAUUAUGAAGCAGACGAUGCAUAUCAACCGUGAAUAUAACAAAUUGCAUCUGUCAAGACCAAAUUGAUUCAAUAAUUCGAUUAAAAAGAUUGUAUGUAGCGAUAUUCAUAUGUUUAUGAAUAAGAUGAUUAUUCUUGUAAAAGUACAUUGUAUUACAUGUUUGUUAAUCAAUUUCGAAAGAAUGGAUAUAGAUAUAUUUAUUGAUAAUGAGGUUGGUUGUCAUUAGUAUUAUUGGGGCAUAUUGACAGUGGAAGCAUUUAAUCAGCAAAUUCCACACACUUCCAUAAUUAUUUUAUUCCCUAUAUGAGAUACAAACAAUCUACUAGGUAUUCAUUGCUUGUAUCAACCGCAGUAUGUUUGAAAGGACAUUGCUUUUAUUGGAAAACGAAAUACAUUCAAACAAACAAAGGAUUGAUAUUGACAGAGCAUCAGUAAAUUAAUGUUAAUAUGAAAUUAUAUAUAUAAGAUAGGAGGAUGAAAUGUAAAGUAGUAUUAUAUCUUGAUGGGGUGUCGCUUUUAUGUUGAUCUAUUUUGUUUUUCUAUUUUUAAGUGCACAGAGACUGUUUAGUAAUCUGUUUAUUUCAACAUACAUUUAAUGAAGUAUUAAGAAUAGGCAGGCAACAUGCACUAUCUGGAGGGAAAACAUGAGAAUGUCUGACAUAUAAUUCAUUUUAUUUGUCAGUCAAAUGCUCAAAAAAGGACCUCAUUCAAAUAUAAGUAAAUAAUUGUCAAUAAAUUCUGAGAACUGCAUUGUUUAAUCUUCACAUUCAUGUAUUUGAUAAGAUUGAAAUAUGAAACUGUCAAAUAAAUUGAUUUUAAAUAA